AUGACAUAUGAUGUUGUUACACCUAAACUUUAUGACAUAGACGCAAAACUCAAUAUGCCAAAUGUAUCCCUUAAUUCUCAACAUCUAGCCACUUCCAUUCAAGAUAGUAUAAACGCAAGCUUUUCAGUAGUUAAUAAGACAAUAUACGUAGAAACUUCUAUGUUUUUGGAUUUUCCAACCAUGGGAGACUUGGUUAUUUUCUUGGCAACUUAA